GCUUUGACGUCGCUAGGAAGGGUGAACCAUGCUUAAGGCCAACAGCACUGAGCCUGGGAGCCAGCCAAAACGUCUGCAAAAGCCUAAGCCGUGGAUCAUAGGCACCUGCGACCGACGAUGCUGUGUCACCUUACUUACUGGGUGCUACACCUGCGAGUGGCAAAUCAAGCAGGAGAAGAGGUCUAGACCCGGACCCUGCUGCUGCUCUUGGAAAGAGUGUAUGUUUUACCUGUGCCUGAUUAUUUCAUUUCUCUUGUCUGUGGUUUUGCUGUUCGUCUGGAUAGAAACUUCAAAUGAAUACUUUGGCUUUGACUGGGUCAUUUUUCUAGGUACAGGAUACUGGUUCUUUUGGUCCAUUGUUUUGCUGAGUUUACUUGGGAUCCUGACUGCCUACUCUUCAUUGCUGGUGGUACUUGGAUUUUUGUUGAUUUGGGAAGGGUAUGAACUAUACCUGCACUGGUGUCAUAAGAUCCUGAUUCUGUUAGUGAUUCUGCUGUGCUCAUUUUUUUUGUGGAUUUUAUGCAAGUUCUGGCAAGACAAGUGGCUGACAGCCGGACUGUCACUGCAGAUCUUUGCUCCCUAUGUGCAUCUGAGUGGCAUAAGUGUGAUGAUUAUCCUUUCCUGGCCUGUGGCCUUCUACUUGACCCAUUUGGAAGAAGAAGUUAGGAUGAGAAGAUUCAAGAUGACAUAUUAUGACAGAGAAACAGCCAAGGGAUGUACUAUACUCACAAAGUUGAGAGCUCUACAGGUGGCUAUUGGAUUGCCUUUUAUCCUUAUCCUUUUAUGCCUCUAUUUUGUGCCAUGGGGGAUUCUUUCUCCCUGCAUUCAAGAGGAGGAUAAAUUGGGACCCAAGCCAGACUUCUUUGGACACCGAGGUGCGCCCAUGUUGGGGCCUGAGAAUACCAUGAUGUCAUUUGAGAAAGCUGUUGAACAAGGGGCCUAUGGCCUGGAGAGUGAUAUACAAUUAAGUUAUGAUCGGGUGCCUUUUCUCAUGCAUGACGAUGACCUGAGAAGAACAACCAAUAUUAGGGAGGUCCAGCCAAAUGCCUCCUUAACACAUUCUAGCUUCUUCCUGUGGAGUUUCCUGUCGACUCUGAAUGCAGGCAAAUGGUUUGUACAAUCACGGUUUAAACCAUUUUAUCAUAUGAAACCCCUAUCAAAGGCUGAUCGUGAAAAAGCAGAAAAUCAGAGGAUUUCAAAACUAACUGAUUUAUUGGAAUUUGCACAGAAGGAAAAAAAAUUUGUGCUAUUUGAUCUUAAUGCCCCUCCACGAAAACAUCCUCUCAGAAACAUGUAUAUUCGCCAUGUAGUAAACGUGAUCCUUGCCUCUAAAAUUGAGCAACAUCUGAUUUUUUGGUUGCCAAAUUUUGAUAGGCAGUAUGUCCGAAGCAGAGCUCCUGGUUUUCAGCAAAUGGGCCGGUUAUUUUCUAUUGAACGUCUUAGAAAAGAAAAUAUCAGUAGAAUAAAUGUUGACUACAAGAAGUUGUUCUACAAAGGACUGAAAGAUUAUAAAGCAGCUAACAUCAACAUCAAUUUAUACAUCGUCAAUGAGCCUUGGCUCUAUUCACUGGCCUGGUGCUCCAGGAUUCACUCAGUGACCACAGACAACAUUCAGAUCCUGAGUCAGCUAAAUCACCCUUACUUCUUCAUGACACCAGGUUACUAUAUGUUCAUGUGGCUCCUCAUGGAUAGUGUUUCUGCAGUUCUCAUUGUUGCCAUAUUUUAUUUUCAUUGGUGGAGAGAGCACAAAAAAGAAAUGUUCAAUAAUAUCAACAUUCACAAAGAUCCUCAGAAUAUAAACCUCCAACAGAAUGAACAUGGGAGUCAAGACUCUACGAAUUUACCCAUAAAGUCUUCCUUCCGAGUUAUGGAAAGUCCUUGGACUGUAUCAACCCUCUACCCAGCUUCAACCAAGAGCACAAAGAAACACCCAGGCUCUCACCAUAUUUUAGUAGUCCCCAAGAAGAAAUCCAGUGAACUGGAGCAAGUCAAGGAAACCAUCAAACCACUGAUGCCUAGCAAAUAUGUUAGACAACCAGCACCUACCGAGAAGACAUUUGAACCUACCUGGAAUGCUACCAGAGAGGCUCCCUUUGAAACUGCAUUGCCUUUUCUAGUGGUGAAUAAACCAACAAUUUCUUCCUUAGAGAUCACUCAAUCUGAAACAGAAUCUGAAAAGACCUCUACCCUUGUAUCCUCCCAAGAAUCCUUUUUAAUAUUUUCUACCACAUCCAGCACAUUUUCCUCUGAGCUGUCCUCACAGAAGAAAUAGCCACAUCUUGCCUUAGUCUUCCUUUUCAUCUCUGUUUCUAAGACUGGUGAUAGUGGGAAGUGGUCAAGAAAGGAGUGCAGAAGGGCCAUUGAGGCUCUCAGGAGAACCAUUUUGGUCUAGUGCUUCCCAUAAAGAACGCAUCUCUAGGGGAUGGACAGGGGAAAAACUGGAAGCUGGAGUUCGUGUUCUCUGAUGUUACAGGGUUUCUUAUCCUAACCCUUCAUAGUACUUCCUGCUAAAGGCUUUGUGCACAUCAGUAUGGGAAUAAAGGCAACCUUUCAGGAA